UUAGCCGUGUCCAUCCGGGACCCGAUGGUGUGCGCCGGUUGUGGUGAGCUGGUAUGCGAUCGCUUCUUCCUAUUGGCUGCAGGGAGGGUGUGGCACGGCGCCUGCCUGCGCUGCAGCCUGUGUCACUGCGAGCUGCAAACACACGCCUCCCUCUACUGGAGAGACGGGAACAUCUACUGCCAGCAGGAUUACUGCAGGAUUUUUGGGGGGGGUCGGUGUGCUCGCUGCUUCCAGCCAAUCCCACCCUCGGCUUUGGUCAUGAGGUCUGGCGAUCUGACCUUUCACCCUCAAUGUUUCUCCUGCCAGGAAUGUGAUGUUAAAUUGUUGCCAGGGAACCUGUACUGCAUGCAAGGGGCAAACCUGUACUGUGAGUCUCAUUAUCAGGAGGAUGGGGGCAGCGUGUCUCAUCAUGACCCCUCCAUGAGACUGAGUCUAUCAGAAGAACCAGGCCAGAACCAUGUCUCGGGUGAAGGGGAAGACUCUGUCAGCAGUCCAGAACCACGGCUGGAUGACAAGGCCGGAGGAGGAAGGAGCCGCCGACGCAGCAAACGGAUCCGGACGUGCUUCCGCCGUGAGCAGCUCCGAGCGCUCGAGUCCUACUUUGCUCAGAAACACAACCCUGAUGGGAAAGACUGGACCUGUCUGGCACACAAGACGGGUCUUCCAAAGAGAGUCCUGCAGGUGUGGUUUCAAAACGCUCGGGCCAAACUCAGACGUUCUCUCAACUCGGAGUAUCCUCAGGCCCAAUCUCCCGCCGCUGUCUUUCCAUCUGUCGCCAUAGCAACCAGCUCCUCCCCGACAGCCUGCGCCAUGUCCGACCAAACUCAGCCCUUCCCUGCCAGUACCAUCGACCACCUGCAGCUGUCCCUGCUCACCGCUCCGGUCAGUGACAGAUCGCAGAGUCCGGCUGUCAAUCAGUCAGCGCACCAACCACUGCGAAGCACCGACCCCCUGGACUACAGUUCCCAGAGUGCACCAGGAUGUUCUUCUCUCAGUCUCCAGGGAAACUUUGAGAAUGUAGGGUUGGAAGUAGAUGGGGGUGAAAGCUCAGAUGCUUUCAGACUUCAUUAUUGUUGAACGUAAAGCAGCGAUGAAGAAAAUUGUAAAAUCGAUGAUUAACGUCCCACUAGGAUCAUGUUUUGAACUAUUUGACAACAUUUGCUGCGGUCCUUUAAUUAGGAUUCUGCCAUUUUUAGCCAAAAUUUAAAAAAACGGUCUCAUUUUCUAGGACAUCGUUUCUGCAGUAGCUAAUUAGAAUUUGUAUCCGAGUUGUUGGCGGGACCGUUGGCACUGAGCAACCCCGCCCCCCUUUCCCCUUCCUGUUGCUAAGAGCUCGGAGCAGAGAGUCUCUGGCCAGCCCAGCAAAUCUUCUACGUCUCAAGGACGCUCUUUUUGUGUGCUGAUUCACAACAAUUUAAAUAAAGAAUUACUCAGAAACACAAUUUUAAGCUGAAUUUCUCUUAAUAUAUGUUCUCCUUAAGCAGAGAAAUGCUAAAUGUUAAAAACACAAUUUUCAUUGGAGUGAGUCUUUAAAACUCUAAAUUAAACAUUUCCUGCAUUCACUUUUGUUUAGAUUUAAGUGAGGAAAGGGGAGUUCAAUGUCAAAAACAGCAAAAAUCCUCAUAGAUAAUGUUUGUCAAGAACCUUUUUUUUAUCAAAACUUUUUUUUUCAUAGAAAAUUUUAAAAAUCAGGCGAAACUUUACACGAAAAUAUAUAUUUUGUAUUCUGUUAUGUAUUGAUGCUUGUUUUAAAUAUCAAGCCUACUAGGAAUAGACUGCAUAUUGUUGUCAUGUAUCAAAUUAUUUUAAGUAAUAAAUUCUACUAUGACAUUUUCCUCCUUUGCUAAUUUUUUAUUCGUUUUAAUAAAACAUUUAUUACUCAGAUUUCUUUAUGACUUUAUCCGUUCAUCUAUUUUAAAUUCAAUUUCCUGUAAUGACUCAAACUAUAACAAUCCCCUCGUGCAAACAAGUCGAAGCAUUUUGUUUGUUUGUGCUUAAUUCGAAACACAGGAAAUAAUCAAAUAUUUGUAAUAAAGGGCCUCAUGUGUUGCUGCUCAUUCUGUGGAGCAUAAUUGAUGGGAUGUUGGUUCCGGAGGUGGCAUCCUUUGUUUCUCAUUUUAGUGAGAUGAUUACUGAAUUCUUUGACAAGCGUGUGUGUUUUCCCAGU